AUGUCCUCAUCUCCCUUCACUUUCUUUGCGUUAGUAACAGUCUUAACCUCAUAUUGCUUAAACCUCUCAAACGGAACCCAUGUGAAUGCCUCUUGUCCACUCAACUUUGACAUCCUCAAGAAACUGGCGAAUAAAGACCCUGCAAGGUCCAUACUGUGUCAAAACAUCAUGGAAGGAAUCGAUUUAGUCCGGUCCGAGUAUCUCCGGACAACUGAGUACUUCGUUCCCCCUCCCGAAACUUCCGAGGCAUGCAGGGAAUCCUACCGGCUUCUACUAGGUGAGUUCGUAACUGAUUUCGACAUCGAAACUUCUUGUGGAUAUAAUGUGGAGUGGAUUUCCAAAGCCUGCAGGAAUAUAACAUCUAGAGCACAGUUUGAGAGCCUAAUUCCUAGUGCCAUAUUGUACCAAUUAAGAUAUUACUGUACUCAGUCUCUGGAUAAUAAUUUUACAUGUGGAUUGUGUACUAGAACGUUGCUCGUAGUUAGGGAAGUUUUCCUCGAUGGCAUCGAUGAUGACGCAGCACGGAAUAUCUCCUCUUGUUCGGGGUAUCCUAAAAUGUAUACCGCUGCGUUUGUUAACCAUUUUGGUCCAACUGAUAGAGCAACUGCUAAGUGUUUGUUUUCCAUAGCACUUGAACAAGAGAAACCAAGCCGUAGCCACUACCGAAGUGUAAUUGCAGGGGCGACGGCUGGUUCUGUUGUUGGUAUACUUGGGGCCUUUUCUGCAGUUUCGUUCCUUCUGAUGAGAAGAUGUAGAAAAAAAGUAGAAGAGAAGAAUGAUUUGGAUACAGAUGAGACUAGUUUGGUUUUCGGAUUCGGAUUGUGUAGUAGAAGUACUAGUCUUAAAAAGUUCAAACUUAAGGAGAUAAAGAAUGCUACAAAGAAUUUCUCCAGAGAGAACAUUAUCGGAAUGGGAAGUUAUGGGAAUGUUUACAAAGGGAUACUACCGGACGGAUCCGAAGUCGCGAUAAAAAGGUUGAAGAAUUGUUCAGUCGUCGGAGAUGCAAACUUUGUACAUGAAGUAGAAGUCAUUGCAAGUGUAAGACAUGUCAAUCUUGUUGCAUUGAGAGGCUUCUGCACUGCAACGGUGCCACUGGAAGGGCAUCAAAGGCUCAUCGUUUGCGAUCUGAUGCGUAACGGAAGCCUUUACGAUCAUCUUUUCGGAUCGGGGAAUAAGAAACUUAGCUGGCCUAUUCGUCUGAAGAUUGCCCUCGGUACUGCUAGAGGUUUAGCUUAUUUGCACCAUGGGGUUCACCCUGCCAUCAUUCACAGAGAUAUCAAAGCUAGUAAUAUACUUCUGGAUGAGAUAUUCGAGCCGAAAGUUGCCGAUUUCGGCUUGGCAAAGAUCAAGUCCGAGGGAAUGACGCAUUUAAGCACGACGGUAGCUGGAACUCUAGGCUAUGUUGCUCCGGAAUACGCCUUGUACGGCAAGUUAACCGAGAAAAGCGACAUUUACAGCUUCGGGGUCGUGCUUCUCGAGCUUUUGAGCGGUAAAAAGGCAUAUGAAAACGAUGAGGGAAAGAUUUUCCGGCUGACGGAUUGGGCUUGGGAGCUUGUGGAACAAGGGAGGGCAUUAGAUGUCAUCGAACAAGACAUGCCGGAGAUAGGAUUGCCGGAAGUGAUGGAACAAUAUGUUCUAAUUGCCGUUCUUUGCUCUCAUUCUAUAUUAGAUAUUCGGCCAACAAUGGAUCAGAUUGUGAAGAUUUUGGAAACUGGUUUUCAACCCGGUUUCAGUUUCAAGAAUUAA